CUUCUUUUUUUCAACCCCCACAAUUUGGGAGGCCUUUCAAGAAAAUUCCAUAAUAUUGGGAGACCAUAAUAGUCUCUUCAUCAUCCCUCUCCCUUGAACCGCAUUUACAUUUUGCGUUCUCGGGAGAAUUAAAUUUUUUGCAGAUUAAUCCGUUGAGAAGACAGAAUCAAAAAUUCAAAAAGAAAUAAGAAAUCAAAAAUUUCAAGAAAAUAAAUCUUGAUAUAAAAUUAAAAAAAUGAUCGCCGGAGAUGAUUACAAUAGGCGGAAGAGAUUAGCCGUAAUUGGCGUCUCUACUCUUCUUCUUGUAGCUAUGGCGGUGGCUGUAACUCUUAGUAUCGCAUUCAGCGGCGUCGAAGACAGCGGUAUGGAAGACGCCGAAGACGAGCUUAAGGGGAAGAAUCAGAAGACCAGUGUAGCUGCCUCCAUGAGAGCCAUUAAAUCUCUCUGUCAACCUACGUAUUAUAAGCAAACAUGUGAGCAAACCCUAGCGAAAUCGGGCGGAAACACGACGGACCCUAAAGAACUCAUCAAGAUUGCAUUCAAGAUUGCUGAGAAAGAAAUAGAUUUGGCCGCCAAGAAAUCACUAACCCUACAGAAACUCGAAAAAGAUUCAAGAACUCGCGGCGCUCUUACGAGCUGUAAAGAGCUCAUGACCAUGUCGAUUAAUGAGCUCAAAACCGCGUUUUCGGAGUUUGAAGAUUUUGAUAUAAGUAAUUUAGAUGGUUUAAUGGCGGAUAUAAAAACUUGGCUCAGCGCUGCCAUGACUUACCAAGAAACUUGCCUGGAUGCCUUCGAAAACACGACCACGACAGCCGGAGAGAAAAUGAAAAAGGCGUUAAAGACGGCCAUGGAAAUGAGCAGCAAUGGUCUUGACAUUGUUACAGAGAUCUCUUCUGUAUAUUCCGGUAUGCGAAUUCCUGCUCGUCGUCUUCUUCAGGGUAAACUUCCUGAUGAUCAGGAUGAAAUAUUUCCUUCUUGGGUCGACGCCGGACAGCGAAGGCUUCUGAGUAAUCCUGUUUCCGACAUUGAAGCUGAUCUUGUCGUGGCCAAGGACGGUAGUGGAGACUUUAAGAGUAUUAGAGAGGCACUGUUGCAUGUUCCCAUGAAGAAGAGAAAUAAGGCGUUUGUGAUUUACAUUAAGGAGGGAAUUUACAAAGAGUAUCUUGUGUUCAACCGGAGCAUGGAAAAUGUGACGGUUAUCGGAGAUGGAGCUGAUAAAACUCGCAUCACCGGAGAUAAGAACUUCGCCGAUGGAAUUGACAUCUACCGCACUGCAACAGUUGCUGUCAUCGGAAACAAUUUUAUGGCAAAGAACAUCGGAUUUGAAAACAGCGCCGGUGCCAUCAAACAUCAAGCAGUAGCAUUAAGAGUUUCUUCAGAUUUUGCUAUAUUCUACAAUUGCUCAAUGGACGGUUACCAUGACACACUUUAUACACACGCCAAGCGACAAUUCUACCGCGACUGCACCGUUUCUGGCACCAUCGAUUUCGUAUUCGGUGAUGCCCCAGUUGUCUUCCAAAACUGCACGUUUUUAGUCCGCAAGCCGCUCGAAAAUCAACAGUGCACCGUAACCGCUCAGGGCCGAAAGGCGAGAAGACAACCGUCAGGAAUCAUCAUACAGAACAGCACAAUCACAGCUCAUCCUGAAUUCGAACCUGUCAAGGAUCAGUUUAAAACGUACCUUGGCAGGCCAUGGAAGGAAUUCUCAAGAACAGUGAUUAUGGAAUCGUUCAUUGAUGAUAUAAUCGAACCAGAGGGAUGGUCUCCUUGGUUCGGAACCUUCGGACUCAAGACUUGUUGGUACGGAGAGUAUAAUAACUACGGUCCUGGUUCAAGCACGAAAAAACGCGUAAAAUGGAACGGAAUUAAGCCGGUUUCUCGCCAACACGCAAUAGAUUUUACUCCGGGGAGGUUUCUUGGAGGAGAUUCGUGGAUCGAGCCGACAGGAAUACCUUACGCGGCUUACUUAACUACUCAAAAUUAAACAUUUUUUUUGAUUCGUUUGUAAUCAAGUACCAUACGUAAGAUGAACCUCGUUUUUCAGGUUGUGUUAUUUGAUUGUUUUAAUGUUAGUGAGCAGCAUUACUCUAUACAGACAUCGAUCUGUUCUUAUAAUUAAGUAGAAAAUCAUUUAAUAAUUUGUAGAUUUUUGGAAUUUUUCUUCCAUUCUUUUUGUAUUCAAAAUCUUGAUUAUGUCUA